AUGAGAACGAAAGGACGGAAGAAGCGAAGAAGAAGGAGAAACCAAUUGGAGAGUUCAUACCCAACGGAGCUCACCCGGGGUGUUAACAGGCGAUGGGUGCCUUUAGAACGGCUCAGAAGACGAAGAAAUUCCGGGAGUCGUAACAAGCAAGGAAGAGUUCAUCGACCAAGUGAAGCAGAUCAGAUAGAGCUUCGGGUCGGUCCUCAACUUGAAAUAUUUGGCAAGGCUUCUGGAAAGCGGUUUAAGGAUAGCGCUUCGCCUUCGCACCUUGCCGAACCUAAGGUGAAAGCCCUUGUUCUAGCUAAUUCGGUGCGCUAG